AUGGCUGACGUCGAGCACGUUUCUGAUGCUAAAGCAACUGUUUUGCAAGUCGAAGGAGUUGAAAAUAAUGAGAAUCGCAUUCAGGAUGUUUUGCCAAGUUAUGGAAAACCGUGGUUUCGGAUUGGCUUCUUGGUCAAGCUCAAUGCUCAAAUCUCCGUAUUGCUGCUCACGAGUUUCCUUUCCGGCUUCGAUGGCAGCAUGUUGAAUGGUGUCCAGUCUCUGCCUGUGUGGCAGGAAGACUUCAAUCAUCCCACCGGAUCGAGCUUAGGACUGCUCAGCACGAUGCAGACAGUGGGCCUUGUUGUCAGCAUGCCGUUUGCACCAUACGUGACCGACCAUGUCGGUCGCCGUCAUCCCGUUUUCUUUAGCUCUGCCAUAUGCAUACUAGGCGCCAGCCUUCAAUCAGCUUCAUGGAACGUUGGUUCCUUCAUUGCUGGGCGAUUUCUUCUUGGAUUUGGGACUGGCUUUGUGGCUAGUGGCGCCGCGCCGCUGCUUGCAGAGCUUUCGUAUCCAACUCACAGAGUCUUGGUCUCUGGAUUAUACAAUACCACUUGGUAUCUAGGAGCCAUCGUUGCAGCAUGGUCCACGUAUGGGUCUUUCAGGAUGCCAAAUUCAUGGAGACGAAAGGAAAAAGCUCGCCAAGUUCUAGUAAAUUCGCACGCUGGUGGCGAUGAAAAUUCUCCCUUGGUUGAGUUUGAAUUGGCCGAGAUCAUUUCUGCCAUCGAAGAAGAGCAGAAGAGAAACACGAAGUCCUGGCUCUCAUUUUUCAAUUCAAGGGCCAAUAUAUGGAGACUUUCCAUAGUUGUCACACUUGGUCUCAUGGUCCAAUGGUCUGGUAGCGGACUUGUAUCAUUCUACCUCAUUCUCGUCCUCAAGAGUAUUGGCAUUACCGAUCCUGAGACCCAGAAUACGAUCAAUGGUGGCCUGCAAAUCUACAACUAUGCCACUGCUAUACUGGGUGCCUUUCUACUCGAUCGAUUCGGCCGUCGGACCAUGAUGCUGUUGUCAACUUGUGGUAUGGCCGUCGCCUUCCUGAUUUGGACCGUUCUAUCAGCUGUGAACGAAGAGCGCGGAUUCGAUUCGAAGUACGGCGUCGGAGUCGUCCUCAUGAUCUUCAUCUUCUACUUCUUCUACAACGUCGCCAUGAACCCAAUAGCCGUUCUCUACAUCCUGGAGGUCCUGCCUUUCACUCUACGUGCUAAAAGAAUGACCAUCAACGGUAUGGUGGGAAUGGGAGCAGCCGUAUUCAACGGCUUCGUUAAUCCAAUCGCCCUUGAAGCGAUGGGCUGGAAGUGGUAUCUGGUCUUCUUCUGUUUGAUUGUUCUCUGGAUUGGGGUUGUUUAUUUCCUUUAUCCUGAGACCAAAGGCAUGAGCCUGGAAGAGAUUACAGAUGUUUUUGAAGGCCCGGACAGCCGGCUGCCUUUCCGUAAGCAGAAGAAGGCUAUGAAUGAGCAUUGA